AUGACCGAUCGACCGACACUUGGUGUCUCACGACUGCGUAUUCAAUCAUCCAAGGUCGCGUGGUUGCUUCUAUUCUGGUGGACAAAGACGACGUUUUGGCUGCGUUACUGGAUUAAAAUCUGGUUGCAAAAGCCUCUUAUGCGACUAGGAAUUGGGUCUCAAGAUGACGACGACGACGUUGAAAGUGUCAAAAAUGAAAUAGUCGAUGACGACGCGUCGUCACGUGACGAUACUGUCAAAAACCAGCUGGAUAGUGCAAUACCAUAUGGUCUGGGCAAUAAUGGCAAUUUAUGUUUUGUAAACGCUGUAUUGCAAUGUCUCGCUAGAGUUCCUGCCUUUCUGGAAAGUGUGGACCGAGCGUUACGUACGUGUACACAACUGCAAAUGGUGCACCAAGCAGACAAUGUUCACGUACAAAAAGUGCUAUUAGCAGAGACACUUGUGAGUGUAUUAAGAGGAAUUUGUCAAGAGGAGAAGCUGGAUUUAGAGUUGGAAGUUAAAGCAAAACAGGAUCGAGUGAGAGAUAUUCGAGAUAAUAACCAACAAAAGAUGAGAAAGUUUCGGUCAGUAGCAAGUCAAUGUACCUACUUGGUAUCAAGUGCAGCCUCAAGACAGGAACAACAGGAUGCAGAAGAGUUUCUUUCAUUCUUGCUGGAAUUGCUACAUAAUCUGCUGCGGGCUCCAGCAAUUCAGCCGGAACGACAUGAAGAAGAACGUCAGCACUUUUUGCAAUCGGAAAAAAGGUUUUUGAAAAAAAUGCAAUGCUACGACCCGAACGAUCCUCGAUCGUACGUGCAUGCAGUGGCAAACCUUGGUGAAGUGAGAUGGAAUCACUUUUUGCGACAGAAUGCGUCGGUGAUCACCGAUCUUUUUUCAGGGCAGACUGUGCGAGGCUCUCAGUGCUGUAGCUGUGCAAACCUUACGUGUCAUCAUGAAGAACAACGUAUCAUCUCUCUUACGAUCGCCUCAGAAAAAGGCGACCAGACGCUGGCAGACUGUCUAGAGCAUUAUCGUCAUCCAGAACAACUUAGUGGAGAGAACCGUGUGUACUGCGAUGGCUACUGUCGCGUUAAGACUACUCGUCUCACGCAGAUUCUUCUGCAGCGUGUGCCACCAGUGCUAGUAUUCCGACUGCAACGAUUUAAGCACACGUCGUUCAGGGGUCGAAUAGAGAAAGUGGAUACCCCGGUGAGCUUUCCAUGUGGUAGAGAUGAUCUCCUGGAUAUUACAAUGAACGCUUUCUUCCGGGAGGAAGAGAAACGCGCCACAUUCAAGCUGAUCGCAGUGUGUGCUCAUCUUGGCAGUUCCAUUGACUCUGGUCACUACGUUGCAUAUGUGCGGCAUCAAGACUCACGACGAGAUGCUACACCUUUCGAUCAGUGGCUUCGGAUCGAUGAUGAAGUAGUCACCGUAAUUGAUGAAGCAAUGCUACGAAAGGAGACGCUGUCCUCUGCAUACCUGCUCUUUUACGCUCAAGUGUGCAGGUAA